UAAAAGUCUUACGCUGGCCUUUGAGUCAGAGAUCUGAUAUCGCCUUCAUCUCAGGAGGGUUGAGCCUGCGAACACAGAGGACCUUCUAUCCCACAGAGCCCUGCGAGAGAGUUUUAUUCAGCUCCUUCUUCAUCCCCAGCUCCAAUUAUGUACUCUGCAGGCUUGGAGAUCCUUGGGAUCAUCCUGGCCGUUGCUGGCUGGCUGGGGGUGAUGGUGGCCUGCGGCCUGCCCAUGUGGAGGGUGGCUGCCUACAUCGGUCAGAACAUUGUCAUCUCCCAGGUGAUCUGGGAAGGUUUGUGGAUGAACUGUUCGGUGCAGAGUACAGGCCAGAUGCACUGCAGGGUGCACGACUCCAUGCUGGGAUUGCCAGUAGAUCUGCAGGCAGCUCGUGCCUUGGUCAUCGUCUCCAUGGUGCUGUGCAUUGUGGGCAUUGGUCUGUCAGUGGCUGGUGCUAAGUGCACCAACUGCAGCCGGGAUGUGAGCAGUAAACCACGCCUCGUGGUGGCUGCAGGAGUAACCUUCAUGGUGGCUGGACUGCUGCUGCUGGUGGCUGUGUCCUGGACGGCCCAUGCUAUCGUCAUGGGCUUCUACGACCCAAUGCUGGAGGAGACAGCGAAGAGGGAGUUUGGUAAUGCUCUGUACUUUGGCUGGGCUGCCUCAUGUCUGCUCAUUCUAGGGGGAGCCCUGCUCUGCUGCUCCUGCCCUCCCAGACCAGCUGCAGCAGGUGGUGGCUCUGCGCCUUCCCGAGUGGACUACUCAGCUGUCAAAACCAUGUCAGUCAAUGGAUACACCCGAAGAGACUAUGUAUGAACGUGAAGAUGCGAUGAGCAGCAAUAAUAAAUUUGUGGUCAGUAGAUGGAUGUUGAUGACGAUGAACUUGAGCAUUAACUAUGACUGAUGAAUGUUUCGUGUUGUGUUAUAUUGCCAUGACCCAGUUGUCUUUGUUGACAUUCAUCUUUUGCUUCUCCUUCCAACUGAACACAUUUUACCUGUAGAUUUUUCCAUUUUUUGUAAAAUACAGAAGGGAAAUUACAUCUAAUCUUCAGAAAUUUACACUAUGUCAGUGCGUGAUUUCUGGUUGAGGCAAGUUUUACAAGACUAUAAAUAAAGGAACAAGACUGUUUCAAGA